AUGGAUUCACAGUAGGGGUACUAUGGUAAUGUGCAAAUAAUUAUAUCGCUAGAAAUUCUGACCCAGAUCAUAAAGCUCUAGCAGGGACAAGCAAUUUUACUUGAUAAGUAAUCAUUCGGAAACCUCUCAUAAGAUGGCAGAAUACCCUGA